AGAGGUGCGUCAGUGUGCAAUGCACUUUGCGGCGGCGUUAUUUCUUGUCAGUGUGAGUGUGUGUGUGCCCGUGUGGAUGUACGCAUGACAGCGCGCCUAUGCGAGUUUGUGUGUGUGUGUGUGAGUGCCGGUCGAUCAGUCGGUCAGGGGAACGUACUGUACGGCAAACUCUAAAAUGGAUACGAGAACGCACCUGGCCUAACAGAUCACCUAUGGACACACAACCCCAGGCACACUAUGGGCUCUAGGCUAAAAGAAAACCCUGACAGAACGUUCUACUGGUUCUUCGAGGCCUCCUGCCCCAUAGCCCGGGACAAAGAUCCAGGGUUGCUGUUCCAAUUUCCAGAUGACUUUAGUGAUGAGGAGGCCCGGCUGGCCUUGCCACGUUUCUGUUUUCCCUACGACAUCGAGAGGGUCAGGGAGACCGUGGCUGUGCAGCACUUCACGUUUGUGCUGACUGACCUGGAGGGGUGCCAGCGGUUCGGCUUCUGCAGACUCACCUCCAGCUCCCACACCUGCCUGUGCAUCCUCAGUUACCUACCAUGGUUUGAGGUGUUUUACAAACUCCUAAAUAACCUUGCUGACUACUUGACUAAAGGACAAACCAAUGAGAUGCGAGAGCUUCUGACCACCCUCUACAAACACCCACUCCCAUUGGCCAGUUCUGCUGUCACUUUGCAACUGGGAGACAAGCUACAAAUCAGAACCGAGGUCCCACAUCACCAUGGCAUCCACACCUCCACACAAGGAGAGGGGUCUGAAGGGAUCCCAUACUUCAUCACUCCAGACCCCAAGAGCCUGCCAUCCAUUCCAGAGAGUAGGAACCUGACAGAGCUGAUGGUGGCAGUAGAUGUGGGGAAUCUGCUUCAGCUCUAUGCCAGCAUGCUGUUUGAGAGACGCAUCCUCAUCUACAGCAGUAAACUCAGCACGCUCACGGCGUGUGUGCACGCCUGCAGUGGGAUCCUCUACCCCAUGUACUGGCAGCACAUCUUCAUCCCCGUGCUGCCGCCCCACCUGCUGGACUACUGCUGUGCUCCCAUGCCCUACCUGAUAGGAGUCCACUCCAGCCUGACUGAGAGGGUGAAAAGUCGUGCCCUGGAGGAUGUAGUCAUCUUGAAUGUGGACACCAACACCAUGGAAACCCCCUACGACGACCUGAAGAGGAUUCCGCCUGAUGUGGUGACAGCCUUGAAGGUGCGUCUUAAGAAGCAGUCUGCAUCCCCAGGCUGUGGCGUGGCUCGGGCCUUUCUCCGAGCUCAGGCAGUGCUCUUCGGAGGCUACAGAGACGCCGUACUCUACAGUGAGGAGGAGGGCGUUUUCUCUUUCAGUGAGGAGUCCUUCCUGAACCACAAGUCCUCUGUCAUGAGGCAGUUUUUGGAGAGUGCGAUACACCUGCAGUUCUUCAAACAGUUCAUCGACAGCCGUCUGGAGCAGCUAAACAAGGGACAGGAGCCUGACGACCUUUACGAGGAGGAAAUCCUUCAGUGUUGCGCAGCAGCAAAUCACAAGUCCUACCAGCAGUGGAUGGGCAAUCUGAAGAAAGGAGGUGGGGCUCUCCUGCUGACAGUGAAGUCCAAAGCCCACAUGUACAAGAGUGCCAAAAGCCAUAAUAAAUUUGGACUGAGGAAUAUCCUGUCUUCCAAGGACUCCAAUGAAGUCUGCCACCUCCAGAGAGGUGGGUCUAUGACAGGGACUCAUCGCCGCGCCCAAUCAGAUUGCUUACAGGACCGCCUGCCAAUCACACAGCACUUUGGUCGGUCUCGUCCCCGUCGACCCAACCGUAAACAGAUGGAUCACCACGGAGACAGAAACAAGCCCAGUUGGGAGGAUGGGUUGCUAGCGGGGUCUGCUGAGCAGAGCUCUGCCUACGGGGAGGACGCGCGGUUCCACCUGUACCUGGAGGAGGAGGAGCCGGAGUCGCCGCCGCCGCUGCCUGACCCGGAGGAGAUGGACCUGCUGGGGGAGAUCUUCGACACGCUCAGCGCCCAGAGCUCCAGCGAGCGCGGCCUGCUCUACGCCACGCGCAGCCUCGACCUGUUCGGCCCCGACAGCAGCGCCGACUUCAUCUCGCGGUCAUCAUUGGCCACACCCAGCCAGGAGAGUCUCAACCAAUCCAUGGACAGGAGUGGCAGCCUGCGAAGCUGGGGGGAGGGGCUAGAGGAAGAGGAGGAGGGGCAGGAGGAGGCGUCGCUCACCCGGAAAGGAAAUACGAAAGAUGCCACGACCAAUCAGGAGCAGGACCGCAAGGACGAUCUCGUGGCCCGUUGGCCGACACCAAAGGACAAUCACUUGAGUGCUGAGGGAGGGGGGAUCGUUGGAGAGAAGGGGGGUACCGUUAGGGUGGAGUCAAAGGAUCACCUUGUGGUGACCAACUUUCCCCAGGCAGAGGGAGAGAUGGACAGAGCGGUGGAUGGGAUGCAACAGGUGAAGAAAAAGAAGAAGGACAGUGAGGAAGAAAAUUAUGAAAUGGGAGCACAGGAGAAGAACGGAGGAAUGGAAGAUGGAGAAGGAGGAGGAGGAGGAGGAGGAGGAGGAGGAGGAGAUCAACCAAGGCCUGAAGAGCGUCACGAAUCAGUGGUCCUGGUAGGUAGCAGCAAAGUCACACCAGAAACUGAGGGCCGGUCUGAAGAUCCAGGGCUCUCGCCUCCUGACUCUACCCAGAGGAACAGGCUCACAUCUGGGGAGAAGGGAGCCAGCGGUGCCCUUGGGGGAUCCACCUCUGAGGAGAAGAGACCCACUAUGCCUAAAAGUCCACUUGGUCAAAGGACAAUGGUGGAUGCCAAAGAGAGAUGCAGCUCCUCUUCUCCGAGGGUCAUGUCCGCCAUGGAGCGCUUCCAGGUCCGGGACCUCCACACAGGGAGGGCCCAGACCAGGGGCUCGCCUGAGCAAGGGCAGCCCGGCGCUGGGCCCCGAGGCUGGGACACCGCGCUGAGGAAGACCGUGCCACAUUCAGCUAACGGCCUCCUGCCUGAUCGUGCCAGCACAACAACGGAAGAUCCCCAGGACGCGCCUCCAGUGAAGGUCUCCGAGCUGAAGAAGAGAUUUGAACAUUGAAAUCGACUGGGUCUCACGUGCCAAAUGAUGUGAGUCCACUGAUGUAGAGGAAUCAGUAUUAAUGUUUAUUGGAUCCAUAAAAGAUGGAAUGUCCUGUGCUGCCUGCCUUCCUAUAGUGGCCUGCAAGUGAAAGGAGAGGUUUUAUCACUUGAUGUACUGACCUAAUGAUAUGAAGCCAGUGGAAUUGUCAAAAUGCUCUGACUUUGGAGUCCUGUGAGGUGCAAUGACUUGUUUUGCCAGUAGGUGUUCUACAACCAGUAGAGCUGUACACCUCAGGAACUAUGGAUGUUUGAUUUGAUGACCUGUGGAACUGUAUGGGUGUUUGGUUUGAUGAGACUGAACUGAUGAGACUCUCUGAAUUUAUAAUGCCUUUUAAU